AAUGUAGGACCACACUCUGUGAUGGAAAUAGAACGGGAUCCACAUGAGACAUGUUUCUCAGUCAAGCAAUCUGACCUGUUGAGAACACUCACGUUCAACAUCUUAUUUCGGCGAAUCAUAAAAGCUGAAAAAAGUUGCACUAGAUAUUCGUUGGCAUAGAUUUGAACUAUUUUGAUUGCCAAUCCAAAUGUAAUGAGCGAUCGUUGCUACAUAGCAACAUGAGCACGUGUGAGAGGAUCGCUAGUAACACGGACGCACACACACACACUAUAGCAACAGACAACCUGUGUGCAGAAAGGGAGAGGGUGUGCCCUUGACGUCGUUUCUCGUCAAAGACUCACAUUUCGGAGAGAACCAUAUCCAGGUUUGCUUACUUGCUAUUCACCACGGCAUUGUCAUGACUUUAACGAAAAGGGCACAGAGCUCAAGGUUACAAAUCAAUAAUUGGAAUGGUUUCGUUUGACUUCACCUGUCCAAGUGUGGAGCGGAGAAGAGAGUCAAGACACCCCCAAGGCACACAUCACUAGCGCUGCCUGUGCUUGGAGCUACUGGCUGACAGAUCCUUCGCACAAGGAGGAACUAGAGGGAGUCUGACAAGCGAUAAGAUCCUCUCUUCCAAAUCACCAACAACGACGAGAUUGGUAAAGCACCUUCACCAAGCGUAAUGAGAGCUCCAGGCUGGAUCUGGAGUGGCUGCUCUCAGCUGAAACCAAAAGGGUUUUCGUGAGAUUUUCUAACCCAACUGGGUGUGUACAGCACCGUGCCCGCUGUUACUCUGGACUGCACUCGAUAUACCUUAUUUACCAAGUCAUGUCUUAUACAGAGCGAUGGGUAAGUUCGACGACAACGAGAGGAUAAUCCUCAACGUUGGGGGAACCAGGCACGAGACGUACAAGAACACGCUCAGGACACUGCCGGGGACUCGGCUGGCCCUUCUUGCCUCCGAUUCUGACAUCGAGUCCGUUUUGGAUCAGCUGCAACAAGUCCCCGGCUUCAUAGAGUACAACACGCGGAACAACGAAUACUUUUUUGACCGCCACCCAGGGGUAUUCGCUUAUGUCCUUAACUACUAUCGAACCGGGAAACUCCAUUGCCCAGCAGAUGUUUGUGGUCCGCUGUUCGAGGAAGAGCUGUCCUUCUGGGGAAUCGAUGAGACGGACGUGGAGCCUUGCUGCUGGAUGACCUAUCGCCAACACAGGGACGCCGAGGAGGCGCUCGAUGUGUUCGACAUAAACGUUGACAAUGGAGACGACGACGAAGAGACGGGGAAAAGACUCGGCAUUGAGGACGUGGUUGAUCCUAAUAUCAGCCGCUGGAAAAAGUGGCGACCUGUGAUUUGGAAUCUAUUUGAGGAUCCCUAUUCUUCCAGAGCAGCCAGGUUUGUGGCCUUUGCCUCCUUGUUCUUCAUCCUGGUCUCGAUUACCACCUUCUGCCUGGAGACCCAUGAGGCAUUCAACACCAUCACCAUCAUCAACAAGUCUGAGGCGGUGCUCAACGGCAGCCUGCCGGACCUGGGUCCUGAUUACAUUAUCGAGACGGACCCAGCUCUCACCUACGUAGAGGGUGUCUGCGUUCUUUGGUUCACCCUGGAGUUCAUGGUGCGUGUCAUCUUCAGCCCAGACAAGCUGGAGUUUGUCAAGAGCCUGCUCAACAUAAUCGACUUUGUGGCUAUCCUGCCUUUCUACCUGGAGGUAGGCUUAAGCGGACUGUCAUCUAAAGCAGCUAAGGACGUCUUGGGCUUCCUCAGAGUGGUAAGGUUUGUCAGGAUCCUGCGUAUCUUCAAGCUGACGCGACACUUCGUGGGGCUGCGGGUGCUGGGUCACACCUUGAAGGCUAGCACCAACGAGUUCCUCCUCCUCAUCAUCUUCCUCGCCCUAGGUGUGCUUAUCUUCGCCACCGCAAUCUACUACGCCGAGCGCAUCGGCGCCAACCCCAACGACCCCACGGCUGGCGAACACACCAUGUUCAAGAACAUCCCCAUCGGCUUCUGGUGGGCCGUGGUCACCAUGACCACUCUGGGUUAUGGUGACAUGUACCCGCAGACGUGGUCGGGCAUGCUGGUGGGCGCGUUGUGCGCCCUGGCGGGCGUGCUGACGAUAGCCAUGCCUGUGCCCGUCAUCGUCAACAACUUUGGAAUGUACUACUCGCUGGCCAUGGCCAAGCAGAAGCUUCCCAAGAAGAGGAAGAGGCACAUCCCCCAGGUCGCACUGGGGGGAUCCCCAACCUGCCUCAAAGUAGACCUCAACACCACCUGCAACAGCCCCCAGGGGGACCUCUGCAACAUGCAGGGGAGCAGGGUGCUGGAGCGCAACCAAUCAGUGCUGUCAGGGGACGGCAGUGGAGGCAGUGAUCUCACCAUGUCCCCCAGCACAGAGGAGAGGGUCCCCAUGCGCAGGUCCAGCACCCCAGAGCAGGAGCGGAGGAGUGGGGGGACGUGCUUCCUGCUGGCUGCCAGUGACUACACCUGCCCUGCCGACGGUGGGGUCAGGAAGACAGAUAACUGCAAAGAGAUUGUCUUUACUGGUUUCACGCAAGCAGAGAGCAGCAUUCUUUAAUUGCUGGGGGAAGGCACAUCCCUGGUGGAAAGCUGUUUACGUGUCCUAUUGGAAUGACAGCAGUCCUCAGCCAAUCAGUGGACUAACAAGACCUAUUGGUGUGUGGAUCCUGUUGGAUCACACAGCGUCACUCAAGGACGUGAACCAACCAGAACACUCACAUCGGUGAAGGAUUGUUGACUGACAAGCGUCAGGUCCAAUGACGCUGCCUGGGAAAACAGGAACUGUCCAAGACUGAGGUCAAUUGGAAUUCUGGGAAUAGAUGGGACAGGGGAAGUUGUCUUUUUCCCAGAUUCUCAAUGUCAUGGAUAUUGAGUGAAGCAUAAAACUGUCACAAGAAGAAGAAAAAGGACCCUUCUUGGAAGACGAGGCCAGCUACUUUAUCUAGAUAUUGUGUUUGUAAAUAAUAACAUAAUACAGCACAUGGGUCAAGGAGCUCCUUUCUCUCUCAUCUGUCCUCUGGAUUGCGAGCCAGGUACAAGGUCCUGCUUAGACCUCCAGAUGAAUCAGUCUCCGUGGUUUCCCUCCUCGUUAUCAGUGUUAUUAUGAUGCAUCAGGCACUACGUGUUCUGAAAAUGGACUGUAUUAAUAUGUGAAUUCUGCUUCAUAUACAGUGAAGAGAGAAUAACGUGGGAUAAGUUGAAUAAAUGUGACAUAGGGUUUCAUCAAUGCUUUUGUUUCCCUUAGACGUUUUGGUGGAUUCCAUGACAUUGCUGUGGUGUGCGUUUACAUGCGUGUGUUUUCAACUCCAGGGUAACAUCUAGACAACAUGCAGUUGUAAAGCAGAAAAAUGAAAACCUAUAAGAGACCCAUUUCACUCUUCCAGCUAGUUUGAACACAUAACAAGGAAGCUUAAAGUACCCUGUAGAGAUGUGUUAUCCUGGACACCAUACCCCAACAAUCAGAUACAAUUUGCAAUAAUGACACCCAAACAAAAGACACCGAUUUGCACUGUGAAUUUAGCUACCUGCCACAAGAAAUGAUACACUGGUCUAGUACAGCCUAUAUAACAGGACAAUGCUAAAGCACCCCUCCAUUGACUUGAUAGUGAGGGUUGAUUUUGACCAUCAGUAAUUGGGGGAUUGGAAUACUGUGACCUGCACAGUGAGGACCCCACCCCCCCACCCCCCCCCCCCCCCCCCCCCCCCCCCACACACACACACACACACACAACUCUCUGUGUAGUGCAAUGCUGCUUAACUCUGAAAUGUCAAGGGACACCAAUCAGUAUCUAUUCUUCUAUGACAAAAGUGAUUUAAAUGUGUUUAUUUUUUGUAAUCCAGAACAUGUAAUUAUGUGUCUCUUGUGGAGUGCUUGGUUUGCUUGUGAAAGUCAAAGUAUCCCAACACUGUUUCUCUCCAUUACGUCCACAACUGUCACUUGGGCUUGAUCCAGCUUCAUGUUCUGUAUCUUUUAAUGUGAGGACAAUUCUAGUUCGAAGUCUGUAUCUGUGGAGCAUUUGUUGGCAUUCUGAAGUGCAUGCUAUAAAAAAAGACAACAUGUCAAAUUGUAAAACAGGAUGACAACAUAUAUCACGUUCCAAGCGGUGUGUAAAAUGAAAUGCCAUGUGAGAAAAUCACAUAAACAUAUUUAACUUUUAAA